AUGCAUACAGGCGCAGUGAAUGUUGGCGGUCAGUCCCUGACCAUCGAGACGGGCAAGCUGGCCAAGCAGGCCAACGGAUCCGUCGUGGUUCGUUAUGGCGACACGAUGGUGCUCGUGACCGCCUGCUACUCGUCUCAUGAACGGGAGGGGAUCGACUUUCUUCCCCUGACCGUCGACUACCGGGAGAACACGUACGCAUCGGGCCGAAUCCCUGGCGGCUUCUUCAAGCGCGAGGGCAAGCCGCCGGAAAAAGAGGUGUUGACCAGCCGGGUAAUCGACCGCCCCAUCCGGCCGUUGUUUCCGGACGGCUGGCGUCGCGAGACCCAGGUCGUCGCCUUCGUCAUCUCCGCUGACAAGGAGAACGACUCCGAUGUCCUGGCUCUCACCGGAGCCUCCGCGGCGCUGGCGCUCUCCGAGAUUCCGCUUCAGGCCACCAUCGCCGCGGUACGCGUUGGAAUGCUCGAUGGGAAGCUCCUGAUCAACCCGACCUAUGAGCAGCGACGCAGCGGGAGCCUCGACCUCGUAGUCGCGGGGAGCAGAGACGCAUUGGUCAUGGUCGAGGCAGGCGCCAAGGAGGUCUCGGAAGAGGACAUGAUCCUUGCGCUCGACGCGGGGCAUGGGGCUAUUCGGCAGAUUAUCGACGAGAUCGACAGUCUGGCCGCGGCGGCCGGCAAGACAAAACUCAAAGUGGAUGCCAAGUCGCCCGACCCCACCGUCGCCGCCGAGGUCGAGAGCCAGUUGAUCGGCCCGCUCGCUGACGCGAUGCGGAUCAGGGACAAGCUGGAGAGCUAUUCGGCCGUCGACAAAGUUCUCGAAGACUAUCUGGCGACACUCCCUCAGGAAGAUGCGGAACGGCGCGCCGAUACCAAGAGCGUCUUCAAGGGGCUGAAGGAAAAGGUGCUGCGUGACGAAGUGCUCGAGCGCGGACAGCGUCUUGAUGGACGAGCGUUCGACGAAAUUCGCAACAUCACGUGCGAUGUCGGCCUGCUCCCCCGAGCGCACGGCUCGGCCGUGUUCACGCGCGGAGAGACCCAAGCACUGGUCACGUCGACGCUCGGCACGGCCGACGACCAGCAGAAGAUCGAGUUGGUCGACGGCGAGACCUACCGCCGUUUCAUGCUGCAUUACAACUUCCCGCCGUUCUCGGUCGGGGAGGUCAAGUUCCUGCGCGGUCCCGGGCGACGGGAAAUCGGACACGGAAAUCUGGCUGAGCGCAGUCUGCUGCCGGUCGUGCCCGGCGAAGACACGUUCCCUUACACCAUCCGAGUCGUGUCCGACAUCCUCGAGUCGAACGGGUCAUCUUCAAUGGCCUCGGUCUGCGGAGGUACGCUGGCCCUGAUGGACGCCGGGGUGCCACUAAAGGCGCCGGUCGCCGGGGUCGCAAUGGGCCUCAUUCUGGAUGAGACCACUGGAAGGCAUGCAGUCCUCAGCGACAUCGCGGGCGCCGAGGAUCAUUACGGGGACAUGGACUUCAAGGUCGCCGGCACGGCCGACGGCAUCACCGCGCUGCAGAUGGACAUCAAGGUGGGCGGUAUCACGGCCGAUAUUAUGCAACAGGCGCUGGAACAGGCCAAGGCCGGCCGGCUGCACAUCCUCGAGCGGAUGCGCGCCACGUUACAAGACCCGCGCACCAACAUCUCGUCGCAUGCUCCGCGCAUUGUCACCAUCCAGAUUCCAGUCGACAAGAUCCGCGACGUGAUCGGACCGGGCGGCAAGACCAUCCGGAGCAUCAUUGAACGCACGGGGGUCAAGAUCGACGUCGAGGACGACGGCCGCGUCAACGUCGCCUCGAGUGACGAUGCUUCCGCACAAAAGGCUAUCUCAAUCAUCGAGGAGCUCACCGCCACACCGGAACUGAACAAGUCAUACCUGGGAACCGUGCAACGGAUUACCGACUUCGGGGCAUUCGUCGAGGUAUUGCCUGGCGUGGACGGGUUGCUGCACGUCUCAGAAAUCGCGCACUACCGUGUCAAGGAAGUGCGGGACGAGCUUCAGGAGGGGGAGAAAGUCCUGGUGAAGGUGAUCAACGUCGACCCCUCAGGCAAGAUUCGAUUGAGCCGCAAGGCGCUGCUCGAUCGACCGGCGGGCGGUGACCAGAAUGCUGGCAAUCGGCGCGACCGGCAGCCGGUGAAGUCGUAG